AUGGAGCCCCUUCAAGUCGAUGUCGUCCAUUUUUAUCCAAGGGAGAAUGCACAACCACAUAAUACUGUGAAGUUUGAGGCAGUUAACGAUGAAAACCCCACGAGCACAAUUGUGCGGAGAGGUCAACCAUUUAAUGGAGUCAUCAGAUUCACGAGACCCUAUGACGAAAACGACGAUCUUAUUCAAUUCGUUUUUACUCUUGGUGACAAGCCGCUUCAAGACACGAUGGGAUCCAUGUUCUUGAAACGUGACGCUGUACCAGACAAACACGCAUGGACCGCCAAAUUACUGGAUGUUCAGGAAAACACUCUAUCUUUUGAGAUAUCCACACCAGUAACAUUACCAGUUGGUUCCUGGGCAUUACGAGUUGUCACUAGAAUGAAGAGCGCACCCGUCCGGGAGGUGUAUGACUUUGACCAGGACUUAUACAUACUUUUCAACCCAUGGAUACCAGAUGACCAAACUUUUAUGGAAGACACCGCUCUUCUUCAGGAGUACGUCUUAAAUGACGUAGGCAAAGUGUGGGUCGGUCCCAUUAAGACCACACGUGGUAAGCCGUGGCUAUACGGACAAUUCGAUGCUGUGGUUUUGCCGGCAUGUAUGUUUAUGCUUGACAGAGCCGAAAUGCCGUUCCACCAACGCGGCGAUCCAGUUAAAGUGGCUCGAGUUAUAUCCCGUAUUGUUAACUCGAACGAUGAUGCUGGAGUUCUUGUGGGGCGAUGGGAUGGCCAGUAUGAAGAUGGAACAGCUCCGUCUGAGUGGACUGGCUCUGUUGAUAUAUUGGCGCAGUACUUGGAAACUCAGCAGGAAGUGCCGUAUGGACAGUGCUGGGUGUUCGCUGGCGUUGUUACCACAGUCUGCCGUGCCCUUGGAAUCCCGUCCCGUGUGGUCUCCAACUUGGUGUCGGCUCACGACGCGAACAGCUCCCUUACUGUAGACAAAUACUACACGGAGACCAUGGAAGAGUUGGACUAUGACCCCAAUAACCCACAAGGAGCAGAUUCAAUCUGGAACUACCAUGUAUGGAACGAUGUAUGGAUGGCGAGACCUGAUCUUCCUCCAGGUUACGGCGGCUGGCAAGCCGUAGAUGCAACUCCACAAGAGACUUCUUCUGGAAUGUACCAGUGCGGUCCAGCACCGUUGGAAGCUAUCAAGCAAGGAGUCAUCGGUGUGGCCCAUGAUGUCGAGUUUAUGCUUGCUUCAGUCAAUGCUGACCUGAUGCGGUGGAGACGAGAUCCAGAGGCGGAAAGCGGCUUCUCAAUGGUCGACACAAAUAACUAUCACAUUGGUCGAAUGGUUUUGACAAAGAAACCAUACGUGUUCGACCCUCUUGGUGAUGCUGAUAGGCAAGACAUCACAGGGGAAUACAAACAUAGAGAGGGUACGGCCAGCGAGCGAUUGGCGCUCAUGAAUGGAGUAAGAUACUCUGAGAGGGCUAAGAGGUACUAUGCUGUGGCAGCAAGUCUUUCCAAUGACAUCAGCUUUAAACUAAGAGACAUAGACACAGUGCCCAUCGGAAAAGCUUUCAGAGUUACAAUUGAUAUUGAAAAUACUUCUGAAACUGAGGGUCGUAAUAUAAAGGCUGCGCUAACAGCAAGCAGUGUGUACUACAACGGUGUCAAGUCCGAUGUAGUCAAGAAGGUCGAAGGAAAGCUUUUCGUUGGACCUGGCAAAAACGAGCAAGUAAGCAUAUUGGUCCAGGCUGAGGACUAUUUGCCGAAAUUGGUUGAAUACUGUAACAUGAAGAUAUCAGCAAUGGCCAUCGUAGACGAGACCAAGCAGUCCUGGGCUGAUGAUGACGAUUUCCAAAUCCUAAAACCCAGUAUCAACAUAAAAUUCAACGAAGACCUUAUUAUCAACCAGCCGACAACGAUAGUGCUGUCGUUUGUCAAUCCCCUAGAUCGGCCUUUAACGGGUGGUGAGUUCCGUUUGACGUCAUCAGGCAUCGCUGGACGGACUUUCAGAGUCAACGCAGCUGACGUACAACCUAAAGAAACACUGACAACCGAAUUGCCUGUACAACCUAAUAAACUUGGAAAGAUAAACUUCGUCGCUACAUUCAAAUCUACAGAGCUUAAGGACAUCAAUGGAGCGGCCACAGCAGAGGUGUAUGAAGGAUGA